AUGAGCCAGUGGAUCGACAGCUUGAAGGUUCUCCUGAAUAAAUACGACAUCUGCGUUCUUGGAGAAGAAAACUGCGGCAAGUCGUCGCUCAUUUUGCAUUACCUUCACAACAAGUUCAUCGAAGGACUUGACUCUUCUAUCGAAGACCUCUACACCAAGCCCGUAAGCUUGGGAGGCAUUUAUCAUGAGAUAACUAUCUUGGAUACAACAUCUCUUCUGGACAGUUACUCAACAUCUCGUCGAACCCAGAUUUUGAACACAUCUACUAUCCUUUUCAUCUAUGCCAUCAACAACCACGAAUCGUUCACAGCCAUCGAAGACACCAUAGAAAGAAUUCAGCAUAUACGACCCCAACUCCCUCCGAUGGUUAUUGUAGCUACGAAAUGUGAUUUGGAGGGUCAACGUCAAGUUUCGUAUGAAGAAGGUCAGGAAUUUGCUGAAAGAGCUGGUGCCAUAGCCUUUGUCGAAUGCUCUUCCUUGUUGGGAAUAGGUAUUUCGGAAGCUUUCCAGCCUCUCGUCAAGUAUGUAGUAGAUCGUAAGAUAGAGGAGCAGAAACAAGACGACAAGAGCCAGAGCCAGCAAGUAGCUGAUGCUUCAGAAAUCGAAGAAACUCCUGAAGUUGUCGGACAAGGAAAGAGCAGUGGGAAUGACAUCUUGGAACAAGAAAAACUGAAUGUGAAUCCGACAAAAUCUGAUGGCUCCAAUAAUACUGUGGGAGCGGACAAGACUCUUACUAAUAAGAGCGAGGGCUCAGAUGUCAAGGUGAGAAAGAUUAACCGUGAUAUUCCUUCUCAGGCCAAGAAAGAAGAAAUUGCAAAGAGUGGCUGUUGCACCAUAAUCUGA